AUGUUAAGAAAUUGUUUGCUGAAACGACGUCUUUUUUCGACUACGUCCUUUCCAAGGUUUCAAUUUUCAAAAGCUAUUUUUGAGCCUCCUAGCAGAUUUGAGCCACGAGAUGAGGGUUUUAUGAACGAAUUAGAAAAUGAUAUGCAUCAAAACAAUGCCAGCUUAGGUCUCUUGUUGGAGCAUAGCAAGGUUCGCCAAUAUUACAGAAAAGCGGCUUAUGAACUUCCCUCACUUACGAUGUAUUCAGAAGCCUACCAACCGAAACAUGUUGGCCAGGUUCUUGUUUUCGAAUCUCCUAUUCAAAUGUCGUCCACAGCAACGCCAUUCUCAAAGGUUGUUUUAAAGUUUAAAGUCGAUAAUCUUCCUCAAUUACAGCAAAAUGAACGCCAUGUAUUAAAACUCCUAGCUGGCGUGAGAUACAAUUCCGAAACCGAUGAAGUAAAAAUGUCAUGCAAUAAAUAUCCCUCCUCUCUACAAAACAAGCUCUUUCUUGCUGAAUCCUUAAAUAGUCUAAUUUCUGAGUCAAAGCGCUUGAAAGUUAAGUUUGCUGAUAUACCCUUGGAUACCCGACAUAUGAAGAAGAAAAGACAAGACUUGCGCUUUCCUAAGGCCUGGCUGGAACAGUCUCAGCAAAUGCCUUUUGAAAAAGAGUAG